AUGGCUUCCAUCAACACCACCACCACCACCACCAACUCCAUGGCCUCCACACAAGCGAGUCAAGACCACACCAUGGCUCUCAUCAAUACCACCACCGCCACCGGCAUCAACUCAAUGGCCUCCAUCCCUGACUAUGCUGCCUGCUCCAAGCCCAAGAAGCUCAUCCUGAAAGUCCGUCCACGAGCCAAACUCACAAUCAAGCUCUCUCCGCGCAAGCUGGCCUACCUUGAGCAAGAAGCCAUCCAGUUCCAGCAGCAAGAAGAGUCGCCAAGCGAGGAGAAGUUUACCAUCAAACUGUCACCUCGCAAGGAGAAGUGCGUCAACAAGCUCUCGCCGCGCAAGAAGUGCACCAUUAAGCUCUCGCCGCGCAAGAAGUUCUUCAUCAAGCUCUCCCCGCGCAAGGAGAAAGUCGCGAUCAAGGCGGAAGAAGUCGAGAUCAAGCGCGAAGAUGAGACGCCGUGCAAGCGGUUCACCGUCAAGCUGUCGCCGCGCAGGGAAGUGGGGAUCGUUCACAAGGAGGAUGUGGAGUAUUGA